UUGGAAAUCAUGAAACAACACAGUGCUACCAUUGGCACGUUGUCUAUCGUCCCGCCUUUCAUUUGCUCUAGUGAACCUCUGAUGUGUAGUAUCUUCUCACGCUUCAAUUGGACAGCCUAGACGCUAGUGCCCCGCCCACUACUAAUAGUAGCGCCUGGGGACUCCUCCCCGCACUCCCCCCGGGUUACUCGGUGGUGAGCCGUGGUGCUAUUUGUGUGUGUGGCUCCGGUGCAGUGUCGCAGAGCCUCGGUUGGAUUACAUUAGCCUCUCCUUCUACACAACACUGGGGAGCCGGAGCGCCGCACGGCCGCUAUCUCACUACAUAGCCAGUGCCUUUUGGACGGGUGUUCCGGGUCGCGGAGCCGGCUGGUGCCGUGUGUUCAUGUCGGAGCGACUGCUGUCCGUGGUAUGACGUCUAGAGGAGGGCUGGAAAGGAAACGGGAGUGACGUCAUUGUGUGUACGGAGUGACGUCACGUGAAGACCCCCUCCUCCAUCCUGCAGAAUAGUAGAGGCCGAGGCAUCCUAGAUCUGAACUGCUGCUGUCACCGCACUUUGCAGAAACCAACAUGAAUAAUCUUUCAUUCAGCGAGUUGUGCUGCCUCUUUUGCUGCCCACCAUGUCCAGGGAAAAUCGCCUCCAAACUUGCCUUCUUACCUCCUGAUCCAACUUACACUCUCAUAUGUGAUGAGAGUGGCAGCCGCUGGACUCUUCAUUUGGCAGAACGAGCGGACUGGCAAUAUUCUGCCCGAGAAAAAGACGCUAUAGAGUGUUUCAUGACUAGAACCAGCCGUGGAAACCGCAUUGCCUGCAUGUUUGUACGCUGCUCUCCCAACGCUAAGUACACACUGCUGUUUUCUCAUGGAAAUGCUGUAGAUUUGGGCCAGAUGAGCAGCUUUUAUAUAGGACUUGGCUCUAGGAUCAAUUGUAACAUAUUCUCUUAUGAUUAUUCUGGAUAUGGGUCAAGCUCUGGAAAGCCAUCAGAGAAGAACUUGUAUGCUGAUAUUGAUGCUGCUUGGAUCGCUCUUAGAACAAGGUAUGGUAUACGCCCAGAGCAUGUGAUCAUCUAUGGCCAGAGCAUAGGAACUGUCCCCUCUGUGGAUCUGGCUGCUCGAUAUGAAAGUGCUGCUGUGAUUCUACAUUCUCCCCUUACCUCUGGGAUGAGGGUAGCUUUUCCUGACACCAAGAAAACGUACUGUUUUGAUGCAUUCCCCAACAUUGAUAAAAUCUCCAAGAUCACAUCUCCAGUGCUGAUUAUCCAUGGCACAGAAGAUGAAGUUAUUGACUUUUCUCAUGGCCUGGCACUGUUCGAGCGUUGCCAAAGGCCAGUGGAGCCCCUGUGGGUGGAAGGAGCUGGACACAAUGAUGUGGAACUGUAUGGACAAUACCUUGAACGGUUAAAACAGUUUGUCACGCAAGAGCUUGUAAAUUUGUAAAGUUCUACUUGGUAACAACAAUCUCUCCCUGCGGCAAGGAAGGUUUGCGCCAACUUUCACAGCAGUGCAUUGCAGCUCUUGCCGGCCACCAGAGAGUUUGACCGACCAUGUUUCUCUUUUUGUUUUGCCGGACUGUGAGCCAUAAAAAGGUCCUAUUCAAACCUGAAGGUCUGUUUUGCAAGUUAAGUUGGUUGCCUUAACAGAUGUACAGGUAAUGAUUUGUUUAAGGGGAUAGCAUGUCUAGAAGAUUUUACUAUAUUUUUUUUUCUCAGUCUCCUGUACAGUGUUACAGAUUAGACCCCGUAUGUGCU